UUUUCAAGUAGAACCCGGGUUCUUAUCAUUUUCCGCGGCAGAAGGGAACAGUGAUGGCGUGGUUGACUUUGGUCACCACGGAAAUAGUGUUACUAAUCGGAAUACUACAAGGAAAUCACGCAGCCGAUUUCUACGCUGGCAAUGGCGUCAAUGCGGCAUAUCGACAAUUGGCUGCAGUAACGGGACAAGCAGCGGCGACAGGGAUGCCGAAUCCGGGCUUCGGGGCAGGGAACCGGAGAUACGCUGGAGCUGGCAUUGGUGUCAAAAAUCCAGGCUUUCGACGCUAUGCCAAAGACGACUUGCAAGCUUCGGCUUCGUCGUCAUUCGGAUCAUUCGGAUACUCAAAUUCGCCAGCUCUAAGAGCAUUGGCACUCCUGGCAUUUCUCUUCUUCCUCCAGCAAAUUCAGACAUUGCUGACCACAACAGGCAGAAGAAAAAGGAGUUUAGAUCAUCUAAUGCUCGAUGAAGAGCUAUUGACAGCCAACCUGGAUUUGUCGACUUGGGCACGCGACACAGCAAAGGCUGCUGUGCCACUUGCCAUUGCAUACUUUGUCGAUCCCAGGGUGGGACGCAAUGAGACUUGCAUUCAGCGAACUGUUUGUCAAGUGACCUCCAGCUUGAACCGCCACUCGAAUGCAGCCGCAAAACUCACCUCGGCUCUACUCAAUCGAGCAACGGACGAGUUCAUGUCCCGCAACAAGGAAGAGAUGGAAGCCAAUGAAAACGCAGUGGCCACAGGAAAGAAGUCGGGCGAUUGUAGCAUUAUAGCACGCCCAUGUUCAGAUCACGAAUUCUCCGAAAUAACUCGGGUCAGUGAUCGGCUCAUAAACAUUAUCGAGAAAAAACUCCCCCUACUGAUCCGGUGAAUCAACACGCGGUUCUUUCUUGUUUGAUGAAUGUGCUUUUAAUUUGAUCCGACGCGACAGGAAAUUACAAUCAGACACACGACGGAAAUAUAAACGCAGAUGUCGACGAUCUCGAAAUAGAACAA